AAAAAAAAAAACCUUGUGUGCGCAUGUGUUGGUUUUCCAAACAGAAUAUCUCAUCUGCUCUGACAACAGCAACCGCAGAAUUAUAUAAAUGUGCAAACUCACCCUAAGGGUGAUGGCUCCCCUACCCCCACCCCAAUUUCGAUUGCAUUCUGUACCAUGCGGCUAUUUGUGGUGGCUUGGAGGGGGAGGAUCUGCAAGAUGGCGAAUCAGCAGCCGGAUCUUGUUUUACUUCCUUCCCCCCCACACCUUCUUCCCGCAGCUGCAUGGAAUUUUCCUCCACCCGGGCUUGUGUGGGUGAUGAAUGUGUGGAUGCGUGAGAGUUCAGUUCCAGGAUUUUUGGAAGGCACCGAAAGGAAAGAAGGUAUCCAGAGGCUUUCUCUGUGUACCUGCCUUCUAUGAGAUAUGUGAAAAAUUUGUUUCAGUUUGUAACUAUUUGACAGUAAGAACAACAAAAAUAUAUUUCUUUCAAAUUCAAAAUUGAAACUGAUCAGAAUAAGCUGAGGAGCACAAUGUCUCAAGAAUGACUCUGAACAUUGAAUAUCAAAAUUAAGACAGCUGCUAGACUUAAAUAAGCGGCAUCCUUCAGCCUAUACUAGUUUUGUGUUCCCAGGAUCAGUUUGUGAGCCACACUGAAGAUAGAAAAUGCCUAAGCGAAAAUGCGUCUUUACUGACAAACUGAAGCAGAAAUAUCCCCAUUUUCGCAAAGGAAGAGAUGACUAUGAAGCAGAGUGCUUGGUCUGCAAAGCUGGCACGUUUGUGUCAGUUGCACAUAAAGGUGCCAGUGAUCUGGAGUACCACAUGUCCUCUGAAAAGCACAAGAAAGCCCUUGGAGGAGACAGUUGGUCUGCAAAGCUGACUGAAUUUUUGGGGACGCCAGGCACGAAAGCCGAGGAUGCUCUUGCUGCAGCGGACAGCACGCUACCCUUGCACACCAUCCCAAGUUGCAACAGCUACAAAUCAACAGGCCGCACGUCUGACUUAUUCAGAAAGAUAUUUCCUGAUGCAGAGAUAGCGCAAAAAUUUUCCAACACCCGGACCAGAACAGAAAGUCUUGAGAACUCUAUGCUUGCCCAGCAUGCAGUGAGCCUUGACCUGAAGGCCCUGGAAGACCACAGCAUCCCCUUCUGCGGGGUGGCUAUAGAUGAUAGCAGCCACAGGGCCCUGAAAAUGGUCCCUGUCCUCAUCCAAUAUUAUGACUACAGGAACGGCGGCUUGAAGACCAAGCUCCUGGAACUUCAGGAAAGUCCCACCGAGAUGGACGUCUCAGACUCUCUUGUCAAAGCUCUUAAGAAACACAGAUUGCUUCAGAAGUGCGUGGCCUUCGCGGGGGACAACUGCAACACCAUGUUUGGCGAACUUCGGCAAGACGAGGAGGCGAGGACUGUGUUCGCCAAGCUGAAGAAAGCCCUCCAGAGAGAGACGUUGAUUGGGGUGUGCUGCCCUGCCCACAUUUUGCACAACUGCAUCCACCACGGAGCAGACGCCCUGGAGGUGGACGUUGAGAAUGUCAUCCUAAAGAUCUACCAGUACUUCCACAUCUACGCGGUGCGGACGGAGUCCCUGCAAGAAUACUGCGAGUUUGUGGAGGUAGAAUACAAGCGGCUGCUCUCCCACAGCAAGACCCGCUGGCUGUCCUUGUUCCCCGGCAUCACGAAGCUGCUCCAGAUGCACUCGGCCCUGAAGUCCUUCUUCUUGGGCCAGAGCAACCCGCCCGCCGUGCUCAAGAGCUUCUUUGAGCACGAGUUCGGCGAGCUCUACCUUUGGCACAUGCACUCGCUGAUGAACGCCUUCCAUUUGCACAUCGAAGAGAUGGAGCGGGAAAAUAACUCCCUCGUGGAGGUGAUGAAGACGCUGGACUCGGUGCGCACCAUCCUGCUUGACCGUAGAGCCCAGAACUUCAUGUCCCUGACGGUGAAGGGGAUGCUUGCAGACAAGCGCAAGGAGGGGCUGGAGGAGGGAUGCGACGUCUUCUCCGAUGCCGUGCGUCGCCUCUACGGUAAUUGCAUAGACUACCUGGAGAUGUGGAUGGCAUCUCUGCAAGAGUUUUCCUGCUUCACCUGGAUGGCCCUGAGUGACACGCCGAGCUGGAGUGACGUGGAAGCAUGUAUAACGUAUUUGAUUGAGAAAGGCAUAGAGAUUGAUGACAUCAGGUGUUUUGAUCAGUUCAACAACCUGAAAAAAUUUGUGGAAGCUUCCAGCGAUGAAGAAGAAUUCCAGCAUCUGCUUUCACAUCAAAAGUGGACCAAAUACUUCCUGAAGGCUAAAGCCAUUGAAUGCUAUUCAGAACUGUUAAAAAUUGCACAGUUCUUCUUCGCAAUUCCCUCCCACAGUGUAAAUAUGGAAUGGAGCGCUUCUUUUCAUUGAUACAAGACCCUGUGGGUCAAGGAAAGGACCUGUUCGAACGGCCUACCAUUUAAUUUUAAAAAUAACUGUUGGAAACAUUUCUGUGCAUGCUUUGCUCGAAAGAGAAAUGCUCAUACACUCCACAGGAAGAAACAGAAAAAGGCUAUGUGUCUUUUGGGGUAUACCAUCUGUUCAUAGUAGAUGGCAGCAUCCCCCAUCCUUUUGGGUGUCAGCGUUCCAAGUAACCUGAAGUGAACCAAGCUGAGGCCAUCUCGGAGGCUUCAGAGUUGCCAUUGGGUACCAGGGACCAGUUCCGUGGAGAAUGGUUUUUCCGUGGACUGAAGGGGGCAUGGUUUCAACAUGCUGCCUGCAUCCCGCGGAUGGGGCUUUGCUUGUUUGUGCAGGCCAGUUUCUGGCAUGCCGCGACCCGGUGCCAUUCCAUGGACUGGGGGUUGAGGAUUCCAGCUUUAAAGUAUCAUCUAUAAUUAGAAGUAUCAGUGAUGGUUCUGUUUUUGUCAUUAGUCGUGGCCUUUAACCUCAUUACUGAUUCAGAAAGCUUCUCAUUGAACCAGGUUUGGGAUCAAUAGCAAAACUGAAGGGGAAAAUUCUUCUUUCAAGUUAUUUCUUUUACUUGCAAAGGCACUUUUGCGAUGUCACGAAGUUGGCAGGCUCACAGAGUAGCACAGAGCAAGAUGUUCUGCAAUCUGGGAUCUUCUGCCUGAGCUCUGCUGUAAAGUUUUUUUUUUAAUUUCUACUUCCAUAAUUUACUUAUUACUGAUUUUCGCUCUUGUCUUGUCUUUGUUCUUUUGUAUCUUUUGACCUUGUUCCCUCUCUUAUUGCUCUUUCUUCCUGUUCUUUCAUCCUCUCUUCUUUCUCUUUUACAUUUUCCUCUUGGUAUCCAGUCUCUCUUGCUUCACCCAAUUUUCCGUCAUCUAAUGGUCCCAAAAAUUGCUCAUAAAAUAAUUUCGCUUUUUCAAUAGAAGCUAAUCUACAUCUGUUUUUGCCAUGUCACCAGUAUUCCAUCUGGUAUUAGCCACCUAAAACUCACUCCUAUUGUAAUUAGAAGUUUUGUUAGGAAAAGAUAUUCUUUCCUCAAGUCUCUAACUCUUCUGGGUAUUUGUCUCAACACUCUUUAUAUUUCUCUCUUUAUAAACACUCUAUAUUUAUCUCUUUAUAUUUCAUUGCAGUGUUUCCUGUUAUUUGUAGUAUCUCUGUUUUUAUCACUUUUUGUGUAAUUCUUACAUGAACUUCUCUCGGUAAUUUAUUUCUCAUUGUGUAUCUUGUGGGUACUCUAAAUACCUCUUUGAUCUGAUUAAAUAUCUUCUCCUUAGGUUCUUCCAUCACUUCUGCCAACAUCUCUGCCAUUAUAUCUGGUAGGUUUUCCCCUUUUUCUUCCUUUAUAUUUUGAAAUCUUAGAUAAUAAUCGGAGCGCUCCAUCUCAAGGGAAAUAAUUGUUCUCGCUUGAUUUUUAUCCAUUGAUAUCAAUUUUUCCUCUAAUUCUUUCAUUCCCUUUUCUAUCAAAUCCGCUUUUUCCUCUACUUUUUGCAUUCUGUCUUCAUUUUUCCCAAUCAUCUCCUUCACUUCUUUUAAAUCCUCUUUCAAAUCACAGCAGUCUUUUAGGAGCUGAGACUUCAAUCCAUUUCCAAGCUAGAGCUUUUAACCGCUGAAAAGCUAACCCUCUUUCACUGCUUAAUAGCGGAACCGAUGGAUAAAAAAGCCCCCUCUUUAAGUUAUUUUACCAAUUAGUGCUUCUAUAAGAAAAGACUUUGAAGGGGCUUUAAGGCAAAAAAUCCCCUUACUUUCCCCCUCCCCCUUCUUUUUGCCCUUGGAGAAAUUGGGUAUGUCUAGUUUGAUGGAAAGAAGGACUAGGGGUGACAUGAUAGCAGGGUUCCAAUAUUUGAGGGGCUGCCACAGAGAAGAGGGGGUCAACCUAUUCUCGGAAGCACCUGAAAGCAGGACAAGAAGCAACGGAUGGAAACUAAUCAAGGAGAGAAGCAACCUAGAACGAAGGAGAAAUUUCCUGAAAGUGAGAACAAUUAACCAGUGGAACAACUUGCCUCCAGAAGUUGUGAAUGCUCCAACACUGGAAGUUUUCAAGAAGAGAUUGGAUAACCAUUUGUCUGAAAUGAUAGAGGGUUUCCUGCCUGAACAGGGGGUUUGGACUAGAAGACCUCCAAGGUCCCUUCCAACUGUUAUUCUAUUCUAUUCUAAAUCUGGCAAAGACAACAGCCACAUCUGGCUUAGAAAGACAGCUUCUGGUUUAUGAGCUAAGUAAUUUGCCAGAAGUUAUAGAAGAUUUCUCAUUCAAAGAAUGUUGGAGCAGCUAAGCUGAGCAGGACAGAAUAGAGACUAUGGAUGAACCACAAGGGGCCUGAUCUCUUUAGAAAGCCAUCAAACCCAGUGUUGUGACUCCAGCCCCCGAACCUGGCUCCAUGCCCGAAAGUGAUUCCGAGAGUGAGGGGGAAGGGCCGGUAAGACUUACCUCGGGAGCACCGAUUCCUUUGGCCCGGCUCCAGGAGCCAGAACCAGAUCAGUCGGAGGACGUAAUGAGACUGUCAUCCCCUGAUUCCUCCCUUCCCCAGGCUACGCCUUCAGACCCAGUUGAUAAUAAUAAUAAUCAAGCUUGGAUCGACCCGCGCUUCAGAAGAUUAGACAGGCGGCGUCAUCAAAGGGAAGGGUGGGGCAGGAGCCCCACCCCACAGGAUAUAUAAGGAGCUUUGGGAUUGCUCUCACUCCACGGGAAGCAAAAGUUUAGCUGAACCGUUUCAAAAAGAGCUGAAAGUCUUGCUACGUGAGUCACUUGUUUGAACUUUGGCAGGCAGCUGCGAUUUCUCUGCCAGGACUGAUAAGAGCCGUGAAUCCACUGGCUGAAGGCCAGCUCGUGGCUCCGAAGUGGGGAAGGAGACAAGAACACCCAGAGAGAAGAUUCCCAGUGCCGUAUGAUGGACCCUGUAUUAUUAAGACACACUUUAAUAAAAUGACACAGUAUUCAACCGCAGUAUCAGGCCUGGCCUCAAGCAUUUCUGUGGGUGCAGGACCGAUUUUGCUGCCUGGAAGCUAGCAGAGGUCAUUUAAAUGGUAGCCAAAUCCUCCAAAUGAAUCAGAAAAGUGGCAAGAAGUGCAAUUUUCUAUAAAGGAAAGAGAAAAGUAGGCAUUGUUUUAUUUUUUUUAAAAAGUGUCCCUUUAUUUACCAAAUUAGUAAAGUAGUAUAAAUACAGGUAAUCCUCGCCUUACGACAAUGAAGCCCAAAAUUUCCGUUAUUAAGCCAGACUUUGUUAAGUGAGUUUUGCCCCAUUUUACGACCUUUCAUACUACUGUUGUUAAGUGAAUCACUAUGGCUGUUACGUUAGUAACAAGUUUGUUGAAUUCUAUCUGGCUUCCCCAAUGACUUUGCUUGUCAAAAGGUCACAAAAGGGGAUCACACGAUCCCGGAACGUUGCAAAGGUCAUAAACUGGAACCAGUUGCCAAGUGUCUGAAUUUUGAUCAUAUGAUCAUGGGGAUGCUACAAAAGUCGUAACUGUGAAAAACAGUCAAGUCACUUAUUUUCCGUGCUGUUGUAACUUUGAACAGUCACUAAAUGAACUGCUGUAAGUUGAGGACUACCUGCGUAUAUUUAAAUAAAUAAGCCCAUUAAAAAAAUCAUUCGCAAUUAAAUAUUUGAAUUUAAA